AUGCCUCCCGCAAAAUCCGCUGUAAUCGCCGUGGUCGACAAAGCUCAAAUGCAGCUCGAUGAGAGAGGCGAUAUGCAACAAGUUCUGGACAGAAUUCAAGUCGUGUAUCAGACCUUGGAACCAUGGGCAAACGCAGACUCUCCCCACCCGAAGGCAAAAUCAGCGUUGAACCUAGUCAAGGUCGAAGUCAACAAUUUCUCAGCAUCCCUAAACCAGUCGUUAGAUGCCGCCAAGCUCUGUCAUAAUUGCGCGGAAAACGGGAUAAUGAUACUAGAAAGUCUAGAUAACGACCGUGUCACUCUCGAGGAACUUCGACUAGAAACAGAGAUUACUGUUCAGGACGUCAACAAGGCGAAAGCGAAACUAUCUGGUGUGGUAGACUCUCUUCGAAACAACCGUACUGGAGCCCGUGAAUCUUUAGAGGCGGCGACGAAGGAUAUCAAAGACGAAAAGGAGACAAAAAAGUUUCUCGAGGGCAAAGCAAAGAAGAAGAUUCAAAAAAUCUGCACUGGGUUCAAAGCUGCACAAGUCGUCUCAGCCGUGGUUUUGGUCGCUGCUUCGCCAGCCUGUCCCCCAUUAAUCAUCGCCAUACCUAUCAUUCUUCCGCUCUUGGAGCUCGCAAGUCAUAACCUUAUCUCACAUGAAACAAAGAAGAUUGAAAAGCGCAGUGUGGAGCUGGUACAUUGUACAGCUGCCGUUGACCAGAUACACAACGCCCUUCAAACCCUCGAACGCCUAGAAAACAGCCUUGACUCACUCCUAUUCUGGUGGGGACAGAUGGAAGAAGUCUUCUUGACGAUCCAUAACAACCUCGAAUCUAUCCGAAAAGAUAUUAAGCGCAUGCGCAUUAAGAGGUUGAUCCAAUCGUUCCAAGAGGUCAAGACGGAAUUUCUGCAGUAUAAACUCAGGAUUGUGAAGAUCCAAGAUUACUAUUCGCGUGAUCUCAAGUAG